CUCGGGGGCCCCAUUUUAUGGCAAUAAAGCGACUUAGCGCCUGCUGAGCGAGCCCCUCCCCGCCGCCGCCCCCGCCCUCGGCCCCACCCCGGGGCUCGCCCGCAGCGGCGGGGCUUUGUUUCUGGGGAGAAGGACCCGGAGCUCUUUUGUUUGGGGUUUCUUGUUUUCGGCCCCCCCCACCCGCAGCUCACCCCACCCCACCCCACGCGCCUCUCUGGUUUCCUGAGCUGCGGGCUGCGAGGGAGAAGCGGCGUCCUGCAACCCCCUGGGCUGGGCCCCGGGGUAAUUCGAUGCGGGCCUGGCGAGGCUCCCCACACUAGACCUGGGCUCGCGUCUCGGCAGCCUCCACCCACCGGCCCACCCUACAUUUAGCGCAUCAUGUGAUCCGGGUAAGUCAUUUGCAAGUACAACAGUUCCCCGGGUUGCCCCCCAUUCAUUUCCUGAGAACUGCAGAGAGCCGCUGAGAGGCUCUGCGUGUGCGUGUGCGCGGGUGACGCCGUGUGUGUGCGAGUGUGUGUGUGUGUGCGCGCGCGCGCGUGUGAGAGAGAGAAAGGGAGAGAGAGGGGGACUCUGUGUGAGGGAAAGAAAACAAUUUCUCCUGCUCUGCAGCUUCUGUUCAGGGACUUGCAAAGUGAAUGUCUAUGAGGGCAGAAGCCAGCAAGAAAAACCUGUUUUGCAAAGAAAAGCCUCCAGGCCACACUCCCCCGUCAUCAGGAUACAGAAAUCUUGCCACAUCCUCAGAAUAUCAACACCUUUGAGAACAGAAUGUUAAUGCUUGAUGGGAUGCCGGCAGUCAGAGUCAAAACAGAGCUUUUGGAAUCUGAACAAGGGUCUCCAAACGUCCACAACUAUCCCGAUAUGGAAGCCGUUCCCCUGUUGCUAAAUAAUGUGAAAGGGGAGCCCCCGGAGGACUCGUUAUCAGUAGAUCACUUCCAAACACAAACUGAGCCAGUGGACUUGUCAAUAAACAAAGCCAGGACGUCCCCUACUGCCGUUUCAUCCUCCCCAGUUUCCAUGACAGCGUCUGCCUCCUCACCUUCUUCAACUUCAACCUCCUCAUCGUCUUCUAGUCGUCUAGCCUCAUCCCCAACCGUUAUCACAUCAGUAUCUUCAGCGUCAUCUUCGUCAACAGUAUUAACUCCAGGUCCCCUUGUUGCCUCUGCAUCUGGUGUUGGAGGCCAGCAGUUUUUGCACAUUAUCCAUCCUGUACCGCCUUCAAGUCCCAUGAAUUUACAGUCUAACAAACUGAGUCAUGUUCACCGCAUCCCCGUGGUGGUACAGUCGGUGCCUGUUGUCUACACAGCUGUAAGGUCACCUGGAAAUGUGAACAACACUAUUGUCGUGCCGCUUUUGGAGGAUGGGAGAGGCCAUGGCAAAGCACAAAUGGACCCCCGAGGCCUAUCUCCCAGACAAAGUAAAAGUGACAGUGAUGAUGAUGACCUGCCAAAUGUGACCUUAGAUAGCGUUAAUGAAACUGGAUCUACGGCCCUUUCCAUAGCCAGAGCAGUACAAGAGGUACAUCCGUCCCCAGUAUCAAGGGUCCGGGGAAAUCGAAUGAAUAAUCAAAAGUUUGCUUGUUCAAUUUCACCAUUUAGUAUUGAGAGCACAAGACGCCAGAGACGGUCUGAAUCCCCAGACUCCAGAAAACGGCGUAUCCACAGAUGUGAUUUUGAGGGAUGCAACAAAGUGUACACAAAAAGUUCUCACCUGAAGGCUCACCGGAGGACACAUACAGGAGAGAAACCCUACAAGUGUACCUGGGAGGGCUGCACCUGGAAGUUCGCCCGUUCGGAUGAACUGACGAGGCAUUACCGCAAACACACGGGAGUGAAGCCAUUCAAGUGCGCGGACUGUGAUCGCAGCUUUUCCCGGUCAGAUCAUCUGGCUCUGCACCGCCGGAGGCAUAUGCUGGUGUGAGGAAUGCUACCUGUCCAGCUGAGCGUAAGAGCUGGAUCUCUUAGCGGCACCCAAUUCAGCAGGGCUGAACCCCCUUCACAGUGUUAACACAAAAGGGCAUCACCAUCCCACGAUGUCUGAAACCAGAGCAGGAAAAAGAAGGCACACUUCUUUUGGUCUGAAGGUAACCCCCAUCAUGACUUCACGAGAACCGUCUUUACAUGGGCCUGGGAGCUCAGUGACGCAAAUGCUGAAGAGACAGACAUUGUUUUCCGUGCUGUGUCCUCUGCCAUUUAAAGAUGUUUGUAGCUUGUACAUUUUCUGAGCUGUCAGACAUUUUGUUAUUGAUACCUUAAAGGUCACCUACCACAAAUUGAUGGCUAGAGCAAGACCUUUUAAAUUUGGAUGAAUCUCCCAUCAUCCCACCCCUUAACCCCUUUUUACAGAAAUUUAAGUUACAAUCUGAGUAAGCUAGAACACACAUCCAAUCUGUUACCAGCAAGCAGCAUGAAAGUAGAAACGAAGAAGCAGAUGGAGAGGUCCCAUUACCUGCAAAGAAAGGGCACUCAGGCAGCCCUUUGCAAUCGCGAUGGCGGCCACUAGAUAUCACUCGCAACUUGUCAUUCUGCCAUGCCCUGAAGAAAACCAACAUUGAAUCUUUCAUUUGUUUGUCGUUGAUUGUUUUUGUUUUGUUUUGAUUCUGUUUUGUUCAUCUGUUCGAGCAGAGGGGCAGUUGAAGUCUCGUCCUGGUCUCUGCCCUGGCAUGGACUGGCACAGAGGUGUUCUGUAGUUGAAUAGGAAGAGCCUGUCUAAAAAAACUACUGCCCCACUUCAAAUUGCAGUGUUCUGUCACCUAGGCAUCAUCUCUUCCUGCCCCUAGUAUUUGAUUACAAGGAACCAGGGGAAAAAAACUUUCUUAGACACACUGGCACCAAGGUAAGAGGUGGGGCUGCCCAGGCAAAGUCAGUGAACAUGAAAAAUCAGACAAAGCAGAGAUGGAAAUAAUGCGCCUCUUGAGGAGAAAAGCAAUAAUGAAUAAAAGGACUUUCCUACAAUAACUUCACUGAGGACUCACGUUACCAAUUUUCAUACUUACUAAAGGGAUUGUAAAAAACACCCCAGCAUUUUAGGUGUCUUGGUUCCAUUUACAGCACUGAGGUAAUCUUUCUGCUGUUUGUUGUCCUGCUUGGUUGAGUACCACAAUUAAAGAUUAUGCUCCCCUUUUCUUGUUUGAAAACAGUUAUUUGGUGACUAGAAAGGCAAGGGAGGCAUAGCUGGGAAUUAACUCUUUGGUUAAUGGGUCAGUUCUCCUUGGAAUUGAAUCAGUGGAAAGAGAAUGCUUCCCAUAGAAAGCCUGACAUGGUGCUAGUUUCCUCUCUUGGAGAGCCAAGGAUAAGUGACUCUCCAAUAGGUUCUUCUGUACAGAUUUCAUUUUCUAAACUGUAUCAGGACCCACGGUCCUGCACUGGCAUCUGCAGGGAUAUUGAACCCACUCAUCCUGUGCAGAGGAUGAGAGGAAGGUGUUAGUUCCAUCAACCCCCUAAAAUUAUGAACCUUUUUGCAACUAGCAAAGUAUACAGUAAACAAGCAAUACAUCACCAACAAGCAUUCUUUCAGAAAAAUUACCAUAUUUUUGUGCCCACUACAAGCUGGGUUUUUUCCAGCUUUCUGUGGCUGAGGGGCUUGGUGAGAUUUUUUUGUUGUUGUUAUUGUUGUUGUUGUUAGAAUUUUUUAUAGCUUAGAUAUAAAAGGUCUCCACCAAAGACCUUUGCAAUAUAUUUUAAUUACAAACACUUGAUUUUGGGGAUUGCACAUAUUAACCUCACAAUAUUACUAGCUCAUUUUUAAAUGUCUGGACAUUCUGAAGUAAUUUCCGGUUGCAGAAUUAUCCUUUUUAGGAUCAUCUUCUAAUUCAGAUAAUCUUGUUCUGAUGAAGCGAGAACUAUGAACAUUGAAACAAGGACAAUUUGUGUUGGAUGGUAUUCAAAGGCAUUUUUUAAAACGUUAAGCAACAGUAUAAUGAUUUUCAGGUCAAAUUAUGGCUUCAAAAAUAUGUGCUCUAUAUUGUCUGCCAGAUCUCAAAAAUUUAUCGGCAAUUUCCCUCCAACAAGGGCUGCAGUUCUAGUGAUAAAUAGCAUCUUCAGCUACACAGUCUACUACUACUCACCAGCCAGUAGGGUUUUUACCACCUGGAAAGCUUUUUUUUUUUAUCUGUACUGUAUGCAACUCUGACUUCACAUUACCUGUGACCAUUUGGAAUUUAAAAAAAGGUCUCUUGUUGCAUGCCAGCGUUGGUUACUAGUCAGUGGCAGAGAACACAGACAGGGACACACACAGCCAUGAACCCCCUGGUGCUAGAGCAGCACCUCGUUGGCAAGUAGUCGGGGCGCAUCCCUCAAGUGAAGUGUAGAUUUGAAUUUAGUCUUGCUUGCUCUCAUAAAAAAAGCCAGUUCUUUUCUCUGCUGAAAGAUGUCUUAAGAGUAUUACAGGUAGACUUGGUUUUUAGAAUUCAUAAAACUGACAGGCAGAGGAAGCUUCCUGAGUGACAGCUUGGUUUAAAUUUAGCACAGAACUAAAUGAGUUGCACUUUUCUAAUAACAUAGGAUGGAUUUGGGGAAGGGAGCAUUUUUCCUCAUCCUCUGAAAAUGGAAACCAGACCGAGAUGGUAAGUUAACUGAUAAAACCUGUCAGCAUUCCAUCAUUUUCCCCUUUUGACAUAUCAGUACUUCUAAGAAGGGAUCUAAGCACAAGUAAGUGAGUGAGUCCCUGGCCUAGCCUCAGGAACUGAAACUUCCUUGGGGCUUGUCUUAGGACAUGGCAAAUUCUCCUUGGUGAGUUUUCUAAAAGUAUUUCCCCAUGGAAAGGAAAAAGUGGUUUGGGACAGAAAGAAAUGGAAUGUCUUCAGUCAUGAAAAAAACCUCCAUUUCAUCUCAUGUCCAUUACUAGCCUCUUUCAAAAAGCACAGUGCAUCAUGAGCAACAGAAAAGCAGUAGAAUCCUAAAGAACUUAUCAGUUGUUCCCUAACUAGAGGCAUUCUUUGAUUUUAAAUUUUAAGCUGUUCAAUUUGCAGCUGGGGAUAUGUGCAUGGUUGAGAAUGUGUACACAUAGAGCGGUUAACCCCUUAAGCAGCUGCAGUAGACCUGAUUUUCUGUUUGCAGUAUAGAGAUUGAUUUCAGGGGAUUUACAUUAUUUGAAAAGUUAUGAUGGUCAGCCUUUAAGGUUUUAAGAAUCUCUUUUCAUGCUCUGAUCUUAAGUUGUUUGGAAAAAGAUUCACACUUCUGCAUCCACAUCCACCUCUGCCCUCAUCCUGUCAGUUGUGUGUGGACUCUGAGAAGCCUGCUUGAUAACUUGCCUUAAGUUCUAUUAAGGCAGUUAGACUGAGAUUUCUAAUGACUUUCCCAUGAAGAUUAUACUUCUGCCUGGCAUCAUUUCUACAAAACACUAUAGGACACUGGUUUUCAAAAGCAGUUGAGUAACAGCAACAUACACAACAUUAAAAAAAAAUGAGCACUUUUCAUUCACUUGAAAGCUUAAAUGGGAAAUAGGAAGAUGAUUGUCAGGGGAAAAACUUACAAAAUGCUACAGUGUUUACAAAUGCCAGUUCCAGGUGAUUAGAAAGGCCAUUUUCAUUAUGGUUGGAAUUUUGAAUAGCUUAUGUAAAGAUUGUGUUCAUUUUUAUACAAUUCUUUUUGACUUUCAAUUGCCAUUUGUGUUUUAAACAUAAUUCUGCACUUUGAAAUCAGUUCAUUAGAAUGAUAACAUUUAUAUGGAUAAAGAUGCAGUAUUCCUUAUUGUGUACUUUAUUUAUUAUACUUACCAAAGCUGCAACUGAAUAAAUAUGGUGAGGUGAGGCCUUCAAAUGUAUUAAUACGCCUUUGUUAUGUUGUUAUGACUGCUUAGAAAUGUAGCCAUGAUAUUGUUCUAAAGGUGUCUUGACAUUUAUAGUGAGGAUUGACAGAAAUGAAGCAGUAUUAAGAAUACCAGCAUCCAUGUUACAGUCUGCAUAUAAGACUGAAUGUGAGAUAACUCUUCCGAAUCAGAAUAGGCCCAGAAAGCCUUAAUAUUCAUAGUUCAUAAGCCAGUGUCAGAUUUCGCUCUUCAGUGAUGCCUGUCGACUUAGCAGGUAAAUGUAUUCUAGAAUAAAACAUCAUUAACCAAAUCUCUUCCUUUAGUUUUUCUGAGAUAGUGCAUCCCAUAAAAAAGUCUCUUCAAUUUGAUUUGGCUUUAGUUUAGAAAAGGGGUUUGGUAAGUCAUGUCUUCCAUAUGACAUUUCUACUCAUUCCCACACUGCCUUCCACUGAACCUGUACAGACAGCCCCCACACAUGCACAUGUGUAUACACAACUGUAUAUGCAGCAGCCAGUGGGCUAACAAAUAUCAACAAAGAACUUUUUUAAGAAGAAUUUGUAAUAAUCCAUGCUGUCUAGAAAUGUGAGUUACAUACCUUAUUAGGAAAUCGGCUUAUAGUACUAUAUAUGACUCUGCCUGCAUUUUAUAGUUAAUAAAUGUACAUAAAAAUUACUAUAUUUUCACAGUUUCAUUAUAGAAUAAUGUCUGUUUAGUAAUCCAUGUCCAUUGGUACUUUAAAUAUGCUAAUUACUGAGCAAUUGCAAUAGAAAUCCAGAUUUUCUUAAGAAAAUGAAAUAGAAGGAUACUGCAUCUUUAAAAAUAGAGUGAAGAUAUUUUACUGUAUUCGUAACAUAUGUGAUAGUGGAAAAAGUAUUUUCAAACUCACGGAUUUUACAGAGGUUGUAAAUAGUUUGAUGAAGUAUGUUGGGAAAAAGAGCUUCUAGUUUUCAUCACAAUGAAAAGUAAAAACUUGUUCAGAUAUGCCUUGUAUAUCUUACACACAAUGAGCAAUAUUGCCAUGGGAACUCUGUCCAACUUUGUCAGAGCACGUUCUUCAUGUUCUGUUCAAAAUUGUGGCCACUUGUCACUGUUUAGCCAGGAUGGUUUAAAAUAUAAUGAAGUCAUUUUAAGUUGCAGACAACUGAUUCCAAACUAGUAAUAUCCUUUUCUGAAAAGGGCAAAACAGCUGCACAGCAUUUUGCUUGUAUGAAAGAGGAGCAUCUUACAAUUGUUCUCUUUUCUCAGUAUCUCCCUCCUCAGCAGAGUGGUUCUUGAUGAAACAACUACACAGGUGUUUAUUCUUGUGUAAUUCCAGAGAUAUAGGUGUAACUACAUGUUGACAAGAUUAAGUGUUGUGGAUAUGACCACAUGCUGAAUGAAUUUAUACUGGCAAUAGGAAUAAGCUAAUGCCCAUUUUCAGAAAUAAAUUAAAUGCUGAAAGUGCCUGUCAGUAAACAUUAUGACCAAUGAGAUCUUCCUAUACUUUUACACAGCAAUAACUCUUAAUUAGACAUUAGGGCUUUUUUCUGCACAUGAGAAAACACACACACACAAACACAAACACACACACACACGGAGUAAAUGCACGGACAUAGUAAAUCAAAUCUGUUCACAUGCCCGCCAAACAAGCUUUUAUAUAUUUCAAAUGUACCUAAUCAUGUUUACAUUAACAUUUCUUAAUUUGGUCUUUCUAAUUUCCAGAUAAAGAGUUGACUGUCAUUUGCCCCAAUCUUAUGAAACAGUAUGUAUGAUUUUAAAAGUUUUGCUCAGUUAAAAACACCAAUUUAUUUAGAGCAAAAGACUGAAGGAUAUUUGUUUGCUUGUUUCAUUUUAUCCACUCAUAUCAAACGCACAAAUUCAUCUUUACAUUUCUUCAUUCCCUUUUCACCUAAUAUUACCUAUUAUCAUCUAAGGCUCAUUUGGGAAUGAAUAUUGACAGAAUCAUUUUUCUCCAAAAAGUCUAUUGAAGUACUACUGACACUUAGUAAGCCUAGCCUUUAACCUAUUUUGCAUUUAGUCCUAAAAAUUACCAGAUUUACAUUUAGAAGCUCACAGGUUUUUUUCCUGUAAUUUUUGUACUGUUAAAAGUAGAGUCAUGAAUAGAAGAAAUAUGCAAUGAGACUCUGUGAAUAGACAUGAACCCUGGGAAUUCUCCAACCCUGCCAUCUCAGAGCACAGAUUCACCCAAACAAGCUACUGAGGCUAUCAGCAAAAAUUAUACUCAUGGAGAGUCACACAUUGGGUAAGGGCAAUUUUAAAAGUAGGACUGUGAUUAAACAUUCAGACUUUAGACUUCCGUGAUGGACUCAGACCACAGGCCUCGAAAACCAGCCACUGUUUUCUCCUCCCAAUGUUAGAAAGAAGGGAAGGGAGAAGAUCAGUGUACCAGGAUGAGGGGGUAAAAUAACCAAUUAAGUGUCAAAGGGAAGCUGCUGGGUUCCUUAAUCUCACUGAAGUCAAGUCUUCUGACUGGGCUUCUUUCCAUGUGUUAUCUGAAAGUACUAAAGUACCUUGAAAGGUUUACACAUUCAGCAAACCAUGAAAAUAAUAGCUAUUCUUUAUUAAACACUAUGUGCCAAGCACUAGGCCAUGCAAUUUUUAGAUCCGUUACUUCCAAUCUGUACAACAUUUCUACAUUUUAUGGAUGGGAAACAGAGGCAUGAGAAGUGUGGCUGAGUUGUUCAUGAAUGUAGAAAUAGUAAAUGGCAGAGUGGGAAUGUGAAACUGCCUAUCUCUGACCUAAAUAGGCCUGCCUGUAAUUUUUCCACUCCACCACACUGCACGUGGGUUUCCCAAAACCACCGUCCCAGAUUCCUGAGUCUCAGUAAUUUUAUUAUGGACAACAUGCAUGAGUAGUCAUCAUAUAUUUCAAAUGAAAUAUCGGGACAUGAUAUAACACAAGACUUAACAGCGGUACUGAAUAUUUGAAAUCAGUCCUCUCCUGGAAAAUCAUGCAUGAAGGAUUGUUAUAAACAAACAAUAGCAACCAGUUGUCUCCCAGAACUUCUCACUUUUCUCCUAAAUGUCUGGCCUGGAGCUCCAAAAUCAUCCAAUUACUUAGUGGCAUUUUAGCCUGAGUACACUCCCUCAGUUCCUCCACUCUUUGAAUGCCUUUCCACCAAUAUAGACAUUCUAGAACCUGCCUCAGAUGCAUUUGAAAUGUUCACCCCCAUGGAACUAGUUAUUAAUGUCAGAGCCCACUCUUGCCAUUGUUAAUGGGGUGGCGAUCAAACAUUCAGAUGAUGAUCAAGGAGACAUCAUGGAUAAUUCUUUUUCUGAUUCCUCGCUUAACAGCAGCUCCGCGUCAGAAUGUUUUAAAUAGUCUUAUAAAUAAUUUGUUUAUAGUAUUGUUGUUAGUUUAAUUGAAUUUUAUGUAAGAAGCUGUCCAACAUCAGAGAAAUGAAAUUCCUCCCGCUUUUCUGUGUAGGACAAGGUCUCUGACAGUAUUGAUUCAUGGAAGUACUAAUGGACUUAGAAAACAUUAAGAGAAUGUCAUUUCUCGUAGCAUUUCUGUUUCUGAAAAUGAAUCUCCUGAAUUAUGAUCUUUCUCCCUGUUACUUGGCUGGGGAAAGAGAUAAAAGCUGUAUAAACAAAUUCUCUUCCAAGCUGAAAGCAAGUGUUCCGUGUGCCCAACCUGCUGCAGACUGGGGCUCUUCUCAGUUAAUUGGGUUUCACAAGCAAUAAUUUCUCCACAACAAAAACCACAACUUGUGAGUUGAACAGAGGUGAAUAGUGGAAACAGUCACCUCAGUACUUUUCUUUCUGGAUUUCAUCUCUAGAAAUUUGAAGUGUUUGAGACAAGCGUCCACCCUUUGUGCAAGGCAAGACCCAGUGAAUGACUCCUUGUGUGAAUUAUUGCAUCUUGUUCCAAAGCAGGUUCACCAAGACUUUCACAGAGAUUCAUUUUUGUUGAGAAAUAAGGGUCAGUAGGAGGAUGGAAUUUGGAUCCAAAUCUAGUGAUAAAAGUGUCCAAGCAAUCAAAAAGUAAGGUAUUUUUGGGACAUACCAACAUCUUCCCUUUCUGCUAAUUUCAUGCUCCAAAGAUGUGGCAAAAAGAAAAUCAUAGAAAAUGCUUUUGCCCUACUUGUGUUCUAGUUUUCCCAUGGCAGAAUUUUGUAAUUACAUCCAGACUGUAGUGUAUAUUUUGUUCCUCAAACUUUAUCACAUUGGAUGGAUAUUGUUGAACUGGGGCACUGGUGCCUAUAUUCAAGGCUCUUUCCUAUCAACGUGUCUGUCCACAAUUUGUUGUGUUUCAAACUUCAUUUUGAAAACUCACCGUCCCCCCAAGGGAUAGUGACUGUAUUGUUUUGUUCAUGUCUGUGUGGGACACAUUGCAUCACAUGGCAAACCAACUCUCUGUGGAUGUGAGAUAAGUACUUAUAAAACCAGCUUGAAAACAUCGUCUUAUGUAUUAUGUCAUCCUGCAUAAUAAUGCAAUUAUGUGUAUCAUAACAUGCUCAUUUAAAAAAAGAGAAACCAGCAAAUUCAUGUUUGUCCAUAGAAGAAUGUACUCAGAACUUUGUGUUGUGAAACGAUGAGAACAGACCACCUUGAAGAUACCCACCUGCCACUUAAAAUGAGUUAGUUAUAAUUAGUAGUAGUCUAGACGUUCUUGGUGUGUGGGGGUCAAUUCUAACGUCAUGUUCUUUUGAAUAAAUCUCUCAGUCAUAUUUGAAAAAAAUACAUGAAAAUAAAGAAAAAUAUCAUCUUUGGCCAAAUCAAGCAGGCAUCUUUUUUCUUCUCCUUGACGUUUAACUCAUGAUACAUGGUGAUUAGAUCACAUGAGCUUUCCGUGUAAAAAAUACGAAAACAUCUUUAGUUUACAAAACAGUUAUUCUAGGCUUGAAGCCUCUGAACAGCAAAUUGAAUAGAUGGGCUGUAUCUGAUUUGCUUUAUGGAUGUAAUUUUACAAAAGACUCUUGGGUCUCUGACCCCAGAGAGUUAAGAGUGCCCAGAGGAGGUCCUACACAUUAAAGGGUAAAGCCCCCCUGUGAUACUGGCAAGCAAAUGUGUUGAGUUCUUAAAUCUUCAUUUGGUUUUCUGUUCAGGAUUUUAAUUGCAAAUGAAUUUAUUUCUCCAGUUUAUCUAAAGAUCUAAUUUCCCAAUAGUUUCCUCUGCAUUUAUAUACUCUGUAGUGUUUAGGCAACCCCUGUUAUAAGUUUAUUAAUAUUAUGUAAGUGUUGUUCUUGUAUUUAUGUAUAGUGUAUGUAUUGUAAAUAUACUCAGAGCUUUUUUUCCUUUUACUGUAAAAUGGUGAUUUUUUUUUGCCCUAUGAUUAUGUAAAGGGAGACCCUCCUAAUGAGAUUCUCUCAGAGGAUGAUUAUUCCAGUCUAUUCUCAGAGAUUUAAAUGAACAAGUGUUAUUGUUUUUAAUGGUGUCUCAGACAUAUUCUGUUGGUGCAUUGCUUUUCUGUAUUCAACUUUCCUAUGAAUUGAGCUGUGAACUGAAAUAGAGUUUAAACCUUUAACUGUAUGCAUUUGUAUAAUUAUCUGAAUGAAGGCAUGAAGGUUAAAUAAAGCAUUUUGUAUGGAACAAAACUCCCUAACUGACUCAGACACUUUGGAAAUCAUAGUUAUUAACCAUUCUCAUUAAACCUUUGUUAUGAAAA